GGUCCCUCGGGUUCCUGCCUCUCAGCUGACGUCAGGAGAAAUGGCGGACCUGGAUGGCAGCGACGCAUCUCCUCCCGAGUCCCAAGCGUCUUUCUCCCAGUAUAAAUCGGAGGAUGGCAGCACGUCUUCAGCCACCCGCCCAGACUCCUCGGGCUCCGGACAGACCUACACUCCCACCCUGACCCCUAUCCCCACUCCAACCCCUAGUUGCACCACCAACAGCAACAGCCCCAGUAACAAUGCUGCCACCAAAACUGACUCGCUGCUCUUCAACAAGAUUGAUGAGAGACAGAGGUUGGCCCGUGAGCGCAGAGAGGAGCGUGAGAAACAGAAUGCUGUCAAAGAGGCCCAGUGGCAGGCACGUGAGGAGCGAGCCAGGCAGCACUAUGAGAAGCACCUGGAGGAGAGGAGGAAAAAGCUGGAGGAGCAGAGGAUAAAGGAGGAGAAGAGACGGGCUGCCGUGGAGGAGAAACGACGGCAGAAACUGGAGGAGGACAGGAUUCGUCAUGAGGCGGUGAUACGUCGGACAUUGGAGAGGAGCCAGAAAACCAAACAGAAGCCCAACCGCUGGUCGUGGGGAGGGGCACUGCACACAAAUACUCCCAGCACACCAGCCGAUGCUGACAGACGGUCAGUGUCCACGAUGAAUUUGUCCAAACAUGCGGACCCUGUCAUUACCAAGCGCCUCUCCUCCUCCUCUGCCACACUCCUACACUCACCAGACCGAGGCUUACGGAUGAGAACAGCCUCCUCCCCUGUCAUUAACAAAGCUCAGUCCAAACCCCGCCUACACCAGGGAAAGACCACCCAGCACAAAGACACAGGCCUGCGCCGUCUUCCAUUGACGCCAUGGGAGAGCAAUGUGGUGAACCGCCUGCAGCAGCCAACACACUCCUACCUGGCCCGCAGCCGCAGUGCCAUGAGUCUGUCUGGAGAGCAAACAGUGUCUUGCCACCCCAUGGGCUCCAUGUCCUUCAAGGCCCUGCAGGCCCAGCCACUCCCUCACUGCCGCAGCCAGGAGAGGAGCCUCAGCAGGGAGACGGCUUCAUCCUCUUCCACCACCCCACGGAGGAGGACAACAGGAACCACACAGCGAAAGGACCGUGACAAUGUUAGGAAGUCCUGGAGCAACCUGUCACUCCCACUGGCCCCCAUUCUAACUUUGCCCCCCAGCAAACGCUCCUCAUCCCCAGGCAAGAAGAACAGCAAAGUGACAGCACCCUCUCCUGGCAGGCCUCCACAGAAGACAGGGCGCCCUCCGACCCCCAAGCUGCUUAAGUCCCCAGGGACAGAAGACCCUGGAAACCUUCGUCCUGUCAGAAUCACACCGGAGAGCCCCCAGCCCCCCACGCCCACCAGAGCACAAGAGGAGGAGGAGGAGGGGGAGGAGGGGGAGGGGGAAGAGCAGGUUCUCAGUCCUCCUCAGCCUCGACCUCAGCCGCUGGGUCAGAACAAGACCUCGAAUGAGCAGACACCAGCAGCACCUACAGCAGCCAGCGAGAGUGUAAGCAGUCCGCCAGCCCAUAAGCCUUCAGCAGGCACCACAGACCCAGAGGAGGCGAGUCGCAUCCUUGCUGAGAAACGACGGCUGGCCCGCGAGCAGAGGGAGAGAGAGGAAGAAGAGCGCAGGCUACAGGAGGAGCAAGCGAGGUUAGCAAAGGAGGAGAUGGCUCGCCGAAAGGCAGAGGAGCGAGCGAAGAGAGAGGAGGAGGCCCAGCGGCAGGCGGAGGAGAGGAGAAGGAAGGAAGAGGAGGAGAGGAAGGCAGAGGAAGAGAGGCUUCAGAGAGAGAGAGAGGAGGCAGAGAGACUCCAGAAACAGAAAGAGGAAGAAGAGUCUCGACAGAGAGAGGAGGCAGAGCGGCUGAGGCAGGAGAGAGAGAAACACUUCCAGAAAGAGGAAGCUGAACGCUUGGAGAGAAAGAAGCGCCUGGAGGAGAUUAUGAAGAGAACAAGACGUUCAGACACAGCAGAGAAGAAAGUUAUUCCUAGCAGGAAUGGAGACAGUGCAGAGACUGUGUCACCAACACACAAUAGCAACAGCAGUAGUCGGCAACCUGAGCCCAACCCGAACCCCAGCACCGCAGCACUGAGCCAUCCUGACCAGAGGGAGAACGGAGAGUUUGAGGAGGUGAUCGUCCUGCCUUCACAUUCCAGGUUGUCUCCUCCUGAGGGAGAGGAGGAGCAGCAUCAGCUGCAGGAGGAGGAGAGAGCUCCAGUCGUAGCCUUCAGGGAGAAUGGUCUCCUAAAGCCUCUGAGUGGAAUAGAGGAUAUCUCGGCCCAGCAGGGACCAGAUGUUGCCUGAUGCCCCAUGAGACCGAGAUGACUCCACACCCAGAGAGACGGCAAGAGAGGUGGUCAGAGAGAGGUGGAGAAACACAGAGCUGUUGGACUGAAUCAAAGGAAGGACUUGAAGCACCAGAGGUUUACUUUCUAACCCACCCUCGACAGCAGAGCACCGCAGCCAUUUUCCAAAGAUGGUGCUUCCAAAGAUCUCCCUAAUGCAUCUCCGGAGAGAAGUUACUUUUCCCUGAACAGACUCUCGGGGGGAACAGAUCGUCUCUCUGUCUCUGACCAUGUUUACACUUGGUCAUAAUGUUUGUUCUGUGUACAGCCCCAACUAACCCCCCCAAUUCUGAAGUGAAUGCCCUGAAAUCACUGGAGGGCACUGAAUGCCAGUUUCAUCUUUUGACCCUCGUGAUUUGUGCGUGCGUGUGCGUGCGUGCGUGUGUGAGUACUUGUAUUUCUAUCUUUGUGAGCACCAGUUUGAGUUAUGGACCUUACGGAGUGAGGACAUUUUGUCCAGUCCUCACUUUCUGACACACCUUCAGAGGACUGUUUGAGGGUUAAGAUUUGGUUGUAGGAUUCAGAUUAGAAUCAAGUUAAGUUUAGGGUCGGGUGUGGGAAUAGAAUAAAUUCAAGUUUGGGUGGCUAAAGUUAAGGUAAGAUGCCAGGGAAUGCAUUAUGUCAAUGAGUGUCUUCACAAAGAUAGAAGUCCAAGUUUGUGUGUGUGUAUGUGUGAGUGACAGACUAAUAACAUAAAUGAGAUCAGUCAUGAUACUUGAAGUUGUUUCUGUAGAACAUACUGUAUUCAGAGCGACUGAAUCAGCAAUGUGAAGUUAUAACUGGAACUCGCACAGCAGGCUCAGAAUUCUAAGGUUUCAUUGAUAUCAGUGCAUGAAGUUGUGUUAAGACUACAGGAAAGGUUCGUGUGAUGUAAAAUAUUUUUUGCUGUGUCUACAGUGUUUAAAACUAGAGGUUAUUACUGGGGUGAGGCAGCAGCAUUGAAGUGUCAUGGAGUUUAAGUACGAUAAUGACAAAAUUAAAAUACUGUUUUCUCAGACAACUGAGAAUUAGGGUGUAAACUACUGAUUUUUUUUUUUUGUUUAGUUUUAUUUAAUUGCUGUACAGAUAAAAUGUGAUUCUUUGUUUCGUCCUCACUCUCCUGUUUUCACGUUCUGUUCAGAUUGAGACAAAAAAGAGAAUCUGCUUUAAGUUCUGCCCUUUCACUUGUUGACCCUGUCAAAGCUGCAUCCUCCCGUCCUGUCGCGCUGUCUGAGCCAGUGAGCAGUGUCGGAGGACCUCGCUGUAGCUUGGCCACCUUGUGUUUGAGGUCGUCCUUUGUUCUGGACAAGUGAGUACAAAAUGGAUUAAAAUAAUUUACUGUCGAUGUUAAUUUUGAAAUAAUCACAUUAAUUUGAUCUUUUUUGAUUAAGGAUUUAAGAAGAAAUGCUGCUAAUUUUGAUGUUCCUUUGCCUUACCGCAUUUAUAGAAAGAAUGAGGUGACUGUAUGUACUCAGUCUCGCUGAAAUGAAAAUAUGCAUUCCCAGCGUGAGCUUUGACAUUCUGUUAAAGUAGAUCAUGGUGAAAUGUCAGUUAUGUGACCACAGAGGAGCUGUAACAUCAAAUAUCUGGGUCUCUAACAGCUUUUCACAAAGGAAAGACUGAAGAGAGAGACUCAAGUGAAACACUGGAACCCAAUUAUUACAAUACGGUGAUCCUCACUUCCACCUUUUACACACAGCUCCCCUGUAAUGCUGCUCUCAUGGCAUUUGGUUCUCAAAGCUUUGCACUUAAUUUCCUCUGUGUUUGAAAUCUUGCAGUUCCAACAAAAUGGAAGGAAACUUCAGACAGAUUAUCCAUAGCUUUGUUUUGAAAUGCUGGUUUCUGCCAGUAGUACAUAGCAUGCGGUUAUCACCAUGCUAACUUGACUUAGCUUGCAGAGAAAUUGCUUUAUCACAAGCAAAAUCUCUUGUAAAGUAUAGAUAUCCUAUAAAUUAUGUAUAAAAGUUGAUAUAUUUUACUAAGACUUACCAUGAGGUUUAAAACUAACAGGUUCUUUUCCUCUAAAGUAAAGGGGCUGUGGGAUAAGAUCUUUGAACCACUGUAAAACUGACAUUUUUGUACAACUGUCCCAGCUGUACGGUUUGGCAAGAAAAUAAAAACUUUUUGAAUUGAUUACCUA